AUGAGUAUACUGACUACAGGUGAGCCUAGAAAAAAACGAGCCAAAAUUGUGAGUGCAUGUGCCGAGUGCAGAAGAAAGAAAACAAAAUGUAAUGGAGAACAGCCCUGUCGCAAUUGCGAAAAAUCCGGAGUGCAAUGCAUCUAUCCUGCUCUUAUGAAUCAGCAUCAUCACUUGGGUGACAGAAGAAACAAUAACAACACCCUGAUGAACAGUGAUGGUUCUACUGCUGUCAAUAAGGCUGCUCUCGAAUCCAUUGAACAAAGGUUACAAUCGAUCGAAGACAUGUUGCGACACCUCAUUCAGUAUCAACAU